AUGGACAUCACGCGUCGCCGCAACAUAACAGCGACAAUCCCUUCACCCUUGUUCAACAACCUGAACAGAGUCGAAGACCUUGGUUGCUUCGACGAAGAAGAAUGUCGCUUCUUCCUGCGAGAAGUUGGCGAGCGCGUCGUGCCUGUCUAUCCUUUUUCCUUUGGCAUGGAAGAGGUGUACAGCUUGAUUCUCGAGCGGUAUGGAUAUGCAGGUCUUCCUGACGUAACAAGUGUUCUGCAAGACCUCCUCGAAGAUGAACGAACCGCAGCCGGCUUGGGAGACGAUGGAGAUGUCUGGCGCUCAUGGCGUCACAGUUGGAGACACCGAAAUGAUGACGCCCUCAACCCCUUUAUCCCAAAAGUGGGAAGCUUUGUCCUGCAGCACCCAACCCAGCCACACAUUCGCAAACUCAAGGCAAGGAAUUUCAUCCUCAAAGCCGAAAAGGCCCAAAGACUCGAGCGAGCCCGUCAAGCUGAAGAGGCCGGCAAAAGAAACGCGUUGGUCGAGAUCUCUCCCAAUCAGAACAGAAGAACCGAGUCACCUCCGAGUGACGUUCUCACCAAACUUGGAGAUUCGGAUGAAGAGAACUCGUAUCGACUGCCUUCUACCACAUAUUCCCACCAGAGAACCAGAACUUUGUUGGCAUCAGGACCUGGAUCGUCACAAACGUCUGAGCAAGUGGCAGCGAAGGAUAGAGGGUCGCACUUCACCCAACUAUCAGCAGGUGGCUCCUCGCAGCAAGAGUUUAUUGAAGUGGAUCCUUCAAUGACUGGUGCAGACAUUGAUCCAGCUCUCUUGGUCUCCUUUGAGAUGCUCUCACCCAGUCGGUCGGCUUCGGAGCAAAGACCUACCCUGAGAGGCGGGCAUGGCGAAAUCGUCACUCUUCAACAGAUCAGCUCCGCUCAAGAUACCAAGUCGAGCAAGGAAAGCAGUGUCCAGGCAGACAGCUCACCGCCGUCCCGUGUGCCGUCUAUCCCCACCUAUGUUGGUUCUUGUGAGACACCUGGAAGUCGAGGCAUAUCAGUUCCUUCUAGUCCUCCAACUGCGGGAAACACCGAGCCCUCUAAAGAUUCGAGCAAAGUCGACAGACAAGAACCUGUAGAGCCACACAAGUCAGCGGAGAAACAGCGCACACUUUCGGACAGUCUCAAACAAUUCGCUCGACGCCCCCUUGGUGACAAUUCUGACCCGAGCAAGAGAGCACGCGCGGUCAAUCGGCAAGCCAGAGUCUUUGAUGGGACAAUAUGGCUUCCUAAGGUUCGCAAGAGGCAAUCGUCACAGGUCAAUCUCCCUGCUGAUGAAGAGGCCGUGGUGGAGGAGAGGAAGAAAUCGAUUGUACGACGCAGCCUCACCCCGGUCUGGCAGAAACGCGAUUCUUCACGCAACAGUUGGAUGGACAUUAUGCGGAAUAUCUUUCGGUCCGAGUCGACUUCCAGCCAAGCAAAACAGUCCAGAGCUGAGAGUAUCUCAAUCCAAAUUCAACCCACACAACCGGAUUUCAUCGCGUGCUCAAACAAUCAGACCAUCACCAGCACCCAAGUUCCAGUUGAGCAGGAACGAAAAUCAUCUCCAUUUGGACUUGACGGUACCAUUGACCCACGGCCACUUGCAAGAUCAAGAUCCAUCAUGGACUACAACAAGCCACUGCCGCUCAGUCCUGGCGAAAUUGUCCGCUCUCUCUCAACUCACCCUAUGCUGCCACGCGCAUAUCCACCUCAACUUGCAACCCUCGACGACCCUUUCACUUCAGCAAAUCCUAAGGCUGACUCUCAAGCUCCGGCUUCUCAUCGUAUCAAGCGAAAGGAUGUCCCUGUCAAACAUCAGCUCUCGCCUGUUCGCGAAAUCAAGGACACAACUGCCGGGCACGCAGCUGAGCCUCAGAAGAUAGAACAACCACCAUUGUCGGCGAUCACGUACUCUAGCAUUGCUAAUAAGAAUCCAUUCCUGGACAAUCUCACCUCUGAAAUUCCUGUCAUUCUUCCUGCUCCUUCUGAACGCGAACCGCUCUUUGCCAAUCAUGGAGAAAUGCCUGACCAAAUUCGUGGCUUUCCACCCGGCGUUCCUGAACAUAGUGCAAUCAACACUCGUCAACAGGUCCCAAACUUCUCUUUGCCACCGCCUCAGCCAGCGCAGCCUGAACGCCAGACCUCCAAGUCGCGUAUCUUUACACCUAUCAAGAACCUUAUGAACAAGGGAAGGGAUUCAGAGGACGUGAAAUAUGGUACACCAAGUCCGGCAGAGCAGAAGAAGAAACGCAAGAACAGUUUGCAGAAGUUUAGCGAUUUCUUGAAACAUCCGUUCGUGUCUCAACCUCAAACCGAGGAAGAGAAAGUCGACAACUGGAUGAGCGAAAGUGCCGCAGCUACUGCGCCUCGCGCCUUCGUGUCUCUCGAUCCAGCCACCCAAGCACGCAUUCUCGGAGACAUCGAACUUUUGCUGGUGACUGCGACGAACAACUUCCUUGUCCACGAAGCCAACGCUGGGCACCUCAACCCUGAAAUCGUCAUGCGCUUCAGCCACGAUUGGCAAGCCCGUGGUCUCCGCCCCGUCGUCGAGUUCCUCUACGACUGCCGCACACAAUACAAUCUCGUCUUGGCCAACAUUCACACGGUCAAAUUCUCAGCCAACUGCGAACAGUCCUCCUACCUGCGCGAGUCCGGGAUGGAGGCCUGGUCCGCCAUCCUGGACGACGUGGCGGUCCACGCGUUCUGCCUCCCCGACGACAUCGUCGUCAAGCACCUCUUCGCCCUCCCACAGGUGUUGAGAAUGUUGCGGGCGCCCGAGUCCGCCGAAGCAGCCGUCCGAGGCCUUCAGCUGAAGACCUCGGCCAAGAUCAACGAGCGCCUGGCCCUGGCCCGCGCGCGAAAGGCCGCUCGGGGCCCGUUUGCCGUCCGCCUGCCCCAAUACGGGGACGGGUUGUUCCACCGGCGUGAUAUAAGCGUCGGUUCAGAGGAGGAUUGUUUUGGGGGUUUCGAGGCCGUCGUGGCCAACAUGCGGGCGCCUGCGCCGCUUGUUGUGUUGCGGCGCUAG